GUGCAGCUGCUGGCGCACGACAGCAUGACAUAUAGUUUUUAAUAUCCGCACCGAGUCAAAACCACUGAAUGUAUGGAAGCAUAUCUGACCAGCGUUUCUUCAUCUAAAUGCUGAAUAAUGUUGUGUCCCAUGCAGCUGACGCGCUGUGGAACCAAACCGACCGCCCAGUGCAUUAAUCCACCAACAUGCCAUCGGAACGCGAUGCAUUGGUCCAAGGGCAAACCAAAUCGCCAUUGCAUAAAUAAAGUCAGUGGCCACAUGGACAACGUAAUUGGCUUAAAUGUGGCCUAGUUUGAAAAGACAUGUGUCCCGUUUGAGUCACAUUAAACUCAAAGUGGGUACAUUUCAAAAUCAGAAAUCAAAAUAAAAAAAGGGGAGGGGGUCUCUUUAUAUUGUCGUUUUUCAUUGUUAUAAAUGACAUCAUGACAGACUGUCAACGAGCUGCUGAUGAUGGAUGAUGACGAAAUGCUGUAAGAGCACAACUGCUUUUCUGUGAAGGGUUUAGCACCAACAUCUGGUAGAAAAUAAAGAGGUAGUGAAUGGACCCAGUUCACACGCUUGGCUGGACAUGAACAUUACAUUCAUGUCCAUUCAUUCAUUACAUGAACAUUACAAACGCCAAGGUUCAAAUUGACACUGAUCAAUGUUGAGAAUAUAGUUUUGUCUUGAUAUGGAGCAGUGUUACAGGAACAAGUGUUUUAUUAUAACGUUGGAAAAUAAAAUAAUUCUUCUUCACUUCAUUUAAUACACAUUUAAUUUUCAUGCGCCUAAUUUGAAUAUGAAACAUUCAAUGACUCGUCUUUCUUCUUUGAGGUUUGAAAAGACAACUGAGUGUGUAUCGAUAGUAUUGAGAGGUGUUGUGUGACCCGACUUCCUUUAAGAAGCACUGAUGCAGGAAGCCGGAAGACCGGGCUGACAAAUAAGCUGUUCAGGGUCAGCAUGUUCCCUUCCUUCCUGGCCGUGAGUUGAGCGUCACAGAGCUUAGUAUCCUCCCUAAAUUGGAAACAGGGAAAUAAAUCCAUCUCAACGAAUCAAAACAAAUCACAUAAUAACGUAACCAUUGACCAAUUGGCCAUCAGUUUUUCAUUUUGUUUUCUUGAAUCCAUGAAUUUCGUUCCUUCAUAUUUAGCUGUUCAUAACAAAAAACAGAAAGGUUGAAGUAAUACCAGAUGGAAAUUUGGCAGGAGAGGAAGUAAAAAACAAAUCUCUACAGGCAGACAGAGAUAAAACAAAGGAUCCCAAUACGGUAGAGUCCUUGAACAAAGCGGCUGCAGGGCCCACAGGAGCAAUUGAAUUAUGUUGAGUCCUUGCUUUCAACCUAGCUGCAGGCAACGCUCAUAUUGAUACUAUAUCAUUUUACCUUCACUCCUCAAAUGACCAAACAAGCUGUCCCAAAUUAGACUCGCAAAGCUGUCGUUAGCUUUACAUCAAAAUGGUGAGCGAUAAAAAUAAAUAAAUAAAUAAAUCACACACACUUCAUUUCUUCACACAAAGACAGGAGACAGUUUCACGCCACCGGGUUUGAGUCAUAUUGGUUGUUUCUCGUGGUCAAACAGAAUGUUGUUUGUCAGUCAGCAGAGACUCAGAGCAGAGAAUAAUCGCAUAAUAAGACUGGAAUAUUUCACACAGCACUGGCAAUUGCCCAAAUGUGGACACUGCAUCCAUUAUGGUCUCAUUCCACGUAUGUCUGACCGACAUUCACCUAUAGGGAAAGACCGGAUUGCUUGUUUUGCCACAUGAUUAUGCGUCGCGCUUUAAUCACAACCACAUAUCUGCCUUUUCCUUUCUAACGCACAUGAGCCGGCAGUCCCCGCCCCGGGCUUCCUGUUACACGGCCCUGAUUGGUAUUGGUGGAUGAAGGUGGAGCUGCUGGAAGCGCACCGCACGCACCGGGAAACGGAGGAGAUGGACACAAGAUGCCACUGCUUAUAUUUCACAGCAGCUUCUAUCGUGCUGGGAUUCUUUUUUUUUUUUUUGCCUAUUUGGGAUCCCAGAAUUUUGAGGGUCCUGGCCGCUGCACAUGCACCACUAAUCUUCAUGGUGGAUGAGCAGAAUGCUGCUCCCUCUGCAAGCCUCACAAAAUGAACCUCUCUUUGAGUGACUCUGCCGCAAUCUUGCAUUACCCGAACACUGACAACCAACUGACUGCAAACUGCUCCUCGCCCUCCUCCAACUGGACUGUGGGGGAAAAUACCCUGCAGCUGCCCACCUUCACCACAGCGGCGAAAGUCAGAGUGAUUAUUACCUGCAUUCUCUGUGGCAUAUCGGCCUUUUGCAACCUAGCUGUGCUGUGGGCGGCGUGCAGCGAUGGGAAUCGCAAAUCCCACGUCAAGGUGCUGAUAAUCCACCUGACGCUUGCCGAUCUGCUGGUCACCUUCAUCGUGAUGCCUGUGGACGCGGUGUGGAACCUCACAAUCCAGUGGCUUGCUGGGGACUUGGCCUGCAGGCUGCUGAUGUUUCUUAAGCUGCAAGCGAUGUACUCAUGCGCCUUUGUCACCGUGGUCAUCAGUCUGGACAGGCAGUCGGCCAUACUCAACCCCCUGGCUAUCGGUAGAGCCAGAAAGAGGAACAGAGUCAUGCUGACUGUGGCGUGGGGUAUGAGCGUCGUGCUGUCCGUUCCUCAGAUUUUCCUUUUUCACAACGUCACCAUUGUGCUUCCUGAGGACUUCACUCAGUGUACCACACGUGGAAGCUUUGUCUCUCACUGGCACGAAACGUCUUACAACAUGUUCACUUUUUGCUGCCUGUUUCUGCUUCCUCUCGUGAUCAUGAUCACCUGCUACACAAGGAUCUUCUGCGAGAUCUCCAAACGACUGCGAAAGGACAACCUGCCGUCCAACGAGUUGCAUUUGCGUUGCUCGAAGAACAACAUCCCGAGAGCCCGGAUGAGAACUCUAAAAAUGAGUAUUGUGAUCGUCUCGUCUUUCAUUAUCUGCUGGACUCCAUACUACCUGCUGGGCCUGUGGUACUGGUUCCUCCCCAACGACCUUGAGGGGAAGGUCUCCCACUCACUGACCCACAUCCUGUUCAUCUUUGGGCUCGUCAACGCCUGCCUGGACCCACUCAUCUAUGGGCUGUUCACUAUUCCCUUCCGCAAGGGGCUCCGGAGGUUUUACUGCAAUGGCACCACAGUGUCCGACCUGGACAACCACACGGUUGUAACUGGAUCUUUCACUUCUGCUCCCAACUCUCUGGCACUGAAAAGAGACGUGAGCCCCGCAGUCCAGGAGAGGGUCAUGUUGCGCAAUCUCAACCUCAACGAGGCAGAGUCCACGUCACCAAGAGGCAGGUUUUUAACAGCAGACAAUGACGCAGAGACGGAUCCAAACCCCGAGAGCCUCACAUGAGGAGAGCACAGGUUGGAGGCUCCCUGAUACUCGUGUUUUAUUUAUUCAAAUGUAAUUGGUGUUUGACUGUCUGUUUGCUGGGGUCCCGUAUUUGUUGUAUACUUUGUGUCAUUUUGAUUCACUUAAUACGUAAAACGCUUCUGUACAAAACAACAAUUGCAACAAUCAUAGCUGCCAAUAAACACAGAAUGUUGUAAUUGCCUGAAGGGGGCAAGCAAAAAAAAUAAAAAUGCAAAUAAAAUCCAACGAUAACAUAGCAAGCAUCUAUUAUUAAAGAAGGUCUGGCGCUGUGUACAUUGUACCUUCUGGUCACGUUGGAUGAAAUGGAUUUAUUGGGAUUCCGAAUGUCUCUCGUGAGUCUGUGGCUGUUGGAAAUGUUGCAACAAGCCGUCUCAAAUAUUGCAAAAAUUGUACGCACACACACUGUUGCACCGUACAAAUAUGUUUUUAGUGAUGCGUAACAGAAGGACCCCUGAGGGACUGCUGCUGUUAAUCAGUGAUGAUUCACUGUGUACAAAUGAAAAGGCCUUUUCUGCCCCUUAAAUUUGACAAAUUGAUGUGUUGCCGAGAUAACAUAUAACUUUCAAAUAAUUUUCAGGUCAAUGGAAAAUAUAACGUGCAACUGAGAUAGGUCAAGUUGCAGUGACUCACAUAACUGGCGUAACAUGUCAUUUUAGAAGUAUAGCAUUAACGCUUCCUGAAGUUUUAUAAUAAACAGGAUGCAUUGAGAAACAUUUCCUGAAAAUUGAAGCAUAUCAAGUUUCUUCUGUGUCUUACAAAAAAAAAUCUUUAUCUAUAAAAAGUAUCUAAUCUAAUCUAUUUCAGCUCUCGAGGCCUAAACUGGAAGAUCUUCUAUGUUGAACAUCAGCUUCAUCACCAAGAAGGCUCAGCAGAGGCUAUUCUUUCUGAGGCAGCUGAAGAUAUUCAACCGGCUAAAGACGAUGAU